GAGGGGUGAAACCCGAUCUUCCGAAUGUACUGCUGCCCACGAAACCCGGAGGAGUGACUCACCACUAAGGACACGUGAAAAAAAAAAACAUGUCUUCUUCCUCGAGUGAGGUGAUUGGCGUCGAUGAUAUCAAGAGGGAGAGCUCGAGGGCACUGGAGACUCGGGGGAGUGUCAAGCUGGCCGCGCUCGAUCCGGCCGGGUUGCCCAUGGAGAACUCUGGCUCGGCGGCGGUGGCAGUUGAAUGCGCACCGGCUUCUCUCGCGUUCUCACCGGAACAAGUAGCGUGCGUGUGCGAGGCACUGCUGCAGGGCGGCAAUGUGGAGCGUCUUGCCCGCUUCUUAUGGUCGCUACCACAGAGUGAGCUGCUGCGCGGCAACGAGAGCAUCCUUAAGGCGCAGGCCAUAGUCGCGUUCCAUCAGGCGCGCUACCAGGAGCUCUACUGCAUCUUAGAGAACCACAACUUCAGCCCGUGCAACCACUCGUCCCUGCAGGACAUGUGGUACAAGGCGCGCUACACUGAGGCGGAAAAGGCACGCGGUAGGCCGCUUGGCGCCGUGGACAAAUACCGACUGCGCAGGAAGUAUCCGCUGCCGCGCACCAUCUGGGACGGCGAAGAGACCGUGUACUGCUUCAAGGAGAGGUCGAGGAACGCGCUCAAGGACAUGUACAAGCGCAACCGUUACCCGUCCCCGGCGGAGAAGCGGAACCUCGCCAAAAUCACUGGACUUUCUUUGACGCAGGUCAGCAACUGGUUCAAAAACAGGAGACAGCGGGACCGGAAUCCAUCAGAAGCGCAGUCCAAAAGUGAAUCAGAUGGCAAUCAUAGCACAGAGGAUGAGUCAAGUAAGGGGCAGGAAGAGCUUUCUCCUCGUCCUCUCUCUAGUGGCUCUGCUGGUUCCAUUGCCCUUGGCACUAGCCCUGCUGUGGCAUACUCCGAUGGUGCCACCACUGUCAUCCAGCAGAUCGGGGAUGCCAAAAUGUCUCCACUGGCUGCAGGAAUGGGUUUCAAUGGCGACCUGACAAACGCCAACUCUCACUAUCUUAAUGGUGGAGCAUAUGUUCAGUCACAUGGCAGCAACAAUCUCCUGAAUGGACUUGGAUCCACAAGUGGUCAUUUCUUGACCUUCGAUCCCCAGAGGAUCUCCCAUGGCCAAGAGAGGCUACUGGGUGGCUCCUCUGUGUCUUAUGCCUCUUAUUCAAUGGGGGCUCCAGAAACCACAGUUGGAAAACUAGAUGGUAUGCAGCCUCUGGUGUCACAUUCAGAACAUGGAGCAGUGCCCUCAGUCGUGACCUUUGCCACUACCACGUCCUCUUCCUCCUCUCCGUCUGGAGCUCCUCAUCUCAGCAACUACAGCAUGGUCAACCUUCCUGGAGUUGAGAACAACCUGGGUCUUCCUCCUUUACUGCUACCGCCAUCUUCUACAGCACCCUCUCACGCAGGCUCAGCCCCACUGGACGGGGUGGUCAGCAACUCACCCCAGCACUCAGGCCAACCCCUGCUCUACACACUCAACCAGGCCGUCAAGCAGGAGCCUUUGGACAUUGGGGUGGCCUACACAUAUCCGUCCAGUGUGCCCCUAGACCAAAGUGGCAACUUGGGCUACACAGCAUCCCUCUUUCUCUCCACCAACCUCAGCCACUCACCCAACAGUGUAGGCCCCCUGGCUCCUGCAGCCACAGCUGCUAUCACCUCGGUGCUGUCUGGUACAGAGGGUCACUCCGGUCUGACUCACACCACCCGCGGCCUCCAGGAAAAUGGGGGAGCUCUGCCCUCAGACUACAGAGCACAGGAAGCACAGCUGCCCCUGUCCGACAAUCUUGAGACCCCUGCAGGUACUGGUGAGGGCCCUCCUGGAGUGUGUGGUGAUCUGGACAUGGAGGGAAAAGAGCUGGCCAAGCUGCAGACUGUUCAGAUGGACGAGGACAGCAAUGACCUCUGACCCCUGUAAUCACGACAUCUGAAGAGCUGUAUUUCAUUAGCUGUUGAUUUUCUUGCACUGCAGCAUAACUAUAAAGGUCUCCUAAGCACACAUCAGUCUUUUUAUACUUUCUCGCUUUUACGAUAAUGUAUGCAAGAUGUGUGCAAAUAGGUGGAACACAUGAACAGUGCCUUUGUAUCACUAAAUAAGCGUAGCCUCACAUGUCCUGACUUGCACUCAGAUGGCUGCAGAAUGUACUUGUUGAUGCACUGACCCUGAACAAGAUGUCUCAGCACUGUCUUUUUCUCUCCUAUUUGCAGUAAUGGAGAUUUUCAUUCAGAGAGAGAUGGAGAGUGAUAGCACAUGGUGGACUGAGAGAGGGAGAGAGGGAGAGAGAGCGAGAGAGUGAGAGAGAGAGAGAGAGAGAGAGAGAGAGAGAGAGAGAGUACAGUAUAAAAUAGCAGAUGUGUUUGGUGAGUCUUGCAAAUGUUUCUGCACUAUCACUGCAGCUUCAUACUGAUUCUUUAUUUUACUCUCCAAAUUUUUAUCAAAGCACAGAUGUUUAAUUUUUUUUUGUUGACGUUUGGUUUUUGUAUUUAAUUUUUUGAAGCUUGAAAUAGCAAUGUGAACAACGUUUUGUUAUGUUUAGCUUUUUAAGCAAUUUAAGUUCAACACGGACUUAACCACAGGUGAGAAAUCUUUGUCCUUGAUAUGAAAAAAUUGUAUUAUUGGGCAUUCAGCGUCUGGUCUCAUGUACCUUCCUUAAAGAAAUGAAAUCCUUACAGUAGUAAAUGAUUUCAGUUGUAAGAAAAACUGGUUGUAGGCCAUUUUUGUGUUUUUGCUUUACUGUAUAAAAAAAAAAACCCAACCACUACAGUUCAUUAAAUGAUUCUGCAGAAU